CUUAUUUCGCAGAAGAAGUUGUACUAGGAUCACAACAAGAAUUGAGAUCCUCAGUUUUCAGUUUAUCGCAGACGCUUGCUUUUUGCAUUAACUUUAACAUUCUGACAUCAUUAUAUAUAGCGUCGAGUAGUUUCUUUGUUACAGAUCUUGUUUUCGCACUUAAACUUAUGUCACAGUGA